CGUAGUUGACGCUGGUUGUCAGGUGACGCACGGCGUGACGGGGCUGCUGUGGUCGGUGGCGCUGGCGGCUCCGGGAGGUGCGGGAGCUCGGGACGCAGGUACCGUCACCGUGUACACAGAGAGCCACAUAGACCGUCACCAUGUACACAGAGAGACAUAGACCGUCACCAUGUACACAGAGAGCCACAUAGACCGUCACCAUGUACACAGAGACACAGAGACCGUCACCAUGUACACAGAGAGACACAUAGACCGUCACCAUGUACACAGAGAGCCACAUAGACCGUCACCAUGUACACAGAGACACAGAGACCGUCACCAUGUACACAGAGAGCCACAUAGACCGUCACCAUGUACACAGAGAGCCACAUAGACCGUCACCAUGUACACAGAGAGCCACAUAGACCGUCACCAUGUACACAGAGAGACACAUAGACCGUCACCAUGUACACAGAGACACAUCUCUGCCUCUGUAAGCUUAGUUAUACCCAAUUGCAUGGGCUCAGCCUCUGGAAUCGGAGCAGGGUUAGCUACCACUGGAUUGGAAAUACAAGGGGCUAUCGAUAGGUUGGCACGCCUCGUACGUUGCUUGUUUCUAUCUCUCGAUCUGUUAUCAGUGUGAAUCAUAUAAGAUAUGAAUUAAAUUAAGAUUGACAGGAAGGUCCCUCGCGGCGGUCUCAUCUUGAAUAUUCUCAGCUAAGCCCUCUGAAAAGAUGGCAACCAGACCACUGUUAGUCCAGUCCACUUCAGAGGCUAAGGUCCUUGUAACAAAACCCCCUAUUAUUGCCUGGAAACCCUAACCCAACUGUGUGCACCAAAACCCCUGUUUAAGAUUUAUAUUUGCUGCAUGGAACUGUGAACAAAGACUAUUCAUUUUUUUUGCAUUCACUCAAAAGGAUUAAUUUUCUGUCGACCGACCGAUCGAGUGUGGCACCAUUUAACUCUCUUGACCCGUGUAAACCGCAAACAGCUCAACAUUCUAAUGGAUUAAAAGGGUGGUCGACGUUCAUUUGUUCGAACACGUGGCAGCAGCCAUUUUGUUUAGUCAAACGCACUUAGCGGUGUUUUGUCGUCGACCAAGAGCAACCUAGACCGUCACCAUGUACACAGAGAGCAACCUAGACCGUCACCAUGUACACAGAGAGACACCUAGACCGUCACCAUGUACACAGAGAGACACCUAGACCGUCACCAUGUACACAGAGACACCUAGACCGUCACCAUGUACACAGAGAGACACAUAGACCGUCACCAUGUACACAGAGAGACACAUAGACCGUCACCAUGUACACAGAGAGACACAUAGACCGUCACCAUGUACACAGAGAGAGCCACAUAGACCGUCACAGGUAUUUACACACAGAAAUUUGGAGCCGUCACCGUGUACACAGAGACCUGAACCGUCACCGUGUACACAGAGAGACCUAGACCGUCACCGUGUACACAGAGAGCCACAUAGACCGUCACUGUGUACACAGAGAGCCACAUAGACCGUCACCAUGUACACAGAGACACAUAGACCGUCACCAUGUACACAGAGAGCAGCAUAGACCGUCACCGUGUACACAGAGAGACACCUAGACCGUCACCAUGUACACAGAGACACAUAGACCGUCACCGUGUACACAGAGACACCUAGACCGUCACCGUGUACACAGAGAGACCUAGACCGUCACCGUGUACACAGAGAGACCUAGACCGUCACCGUGUACACAGAGAGACCUAGACCGUCACCGUGUACACAGAGAGACCUAGACCGUCACCGUGUACACAGAGAGACCUAGACCGUCACCGUGUACACAGAGAGACCUAGACCGUCACCGUGUACACUAGACAGAGAGACCUAGACCGUCACCGUGUACACAGAGAGACCUAGACCGUCACCGUGUACACAGAGAGACCUAGACCGUCACCGUGUACACAGAGAGACCUAGACCGUCACCGUGUACACAGAGAGACCUAGACCGUCACCGUGUACACAGAGAGACCUAGACCGUCACCGUGUACACAGAGAGACCUAGACCGUCACCGUGUACACAGAGAGACCUAGACCGUCACCGUGUACACAGAGAGACCUAGACCGUCACCGUGUACACAGAGAGACCUAGACCGUCACCGUGUACACAGAGAGACCUAGACCGUCACCGUGUACACAGAGAGCCAUCCUGGGGGGGAGGAGACACCUAGACCGUCACCGUGUACACAGAGAGCCACCUAGACCGUCACCGUGUACACAGAGAGCCACCUAGACCGUCACCGUGUACACAGAGAGCCACCUAGACCGUCACCGUGUACACAGAGAGCCACCUAGACCGUCACCGUGUACACAGAGAGCCAGGCUUGGGGAGGGGGGGGAGGAGACACAUAGACCGUCACCAUAUACACAGAGAGACACAUAGGCCGCCACCAUGUACACAGAGAGCCAGGCCUGGGAGGAGGAGAUUCCAACUGCAUUCUAAAUUUAAUACCAAAAUAACCAAACUCAAAACAGAAUUUAGCUGGCCAAUUAAUUACUUUGGCUGUUUGAUCUAAAUUUUGACAUUCACUUUGAUUCGGUUUGAAUUCCAGGCAAUUCUCACUUUCCUGUGUAGACUUUGUUUGUUGCAGUACGGAAAUCACAUGUGCCAUUUCAUUUGAACUCAUACCCCUACAAUCGAAUUGCGGUAUGUGAAUUGUACAUGCUACAUGGCUGCAUUUUUAUUCUAUCGUAACCAUGAGUAUGAAGAAACAAUGUAUUCAGUCUGUAUGGUGGAUUUAAAUGACUUCUAUGUAGCUCUAAUCACAAUCAGUAAAUUCAUCUUUUCUAACUUGUUAAAACACUGGCAUAAACCCACUGGAUAUCUCACACAUGGUAUUAAAUAGGAGUGGUUGUGAAAUGUGGCACCUUGCGUGUUAUCACUUGGGUAGCUAUAUAACUGCCUGCCUGGUUCUGCUAUUCUUUUCAGUACAAAGAUGACAGAUAUAAACUAUCCAAACCUGAAGUAGUGUCUGGGAUUACAAUGUGUGGCUAGUGGUUGUAAUCCUGGUGUGUCUGGAAGGACAAUAAUUAUCAUUCACUCUGUAUUUCCAAUGAUGUUCAGCUAGUCAUUACAUCUGACUAGAUGCUCCACAUCUGAAAGACCUACUUCACACCCGAACAAUAAAUUAAAAUAAAUAUAUUGAGGGUGCGCUUAGCCAAGAUGGCAGCAUCUCAUUCAAGCCCCUUUAGUUUGCAUCUCUGAGCAUAUUCUGAUAAGAUGUUUCAUUACAGAAAUAGUGUGGUCCGAUACCAGGUUACACCCAGCAAAACCCGCAAUAUUAACCUCACAAUCAUGUAUUUUUUUUAAAAAAACAUUUUUGUCAUAAACCCUUCCAAGGACAGUGCCUGCCAAAGCACAGCUGUCAUUGGAAGAUUUGAAGUUGACUGUAGAAGCCCCAGUGGCAUAAAAUAACUUUACAAAGCAACAUUUUCAGAAACCAAAAAACCCAAACACCAGUUAUUUUGCUUAUGUUUUACCUCUGCUUUUCAAGCUGGAACCCAGCAAACGGGAGAAAGCACCAAGUAGAUGGUGUUUAUUUUGUGCUUUAGUGGCCCUUCAUCAGACACUCCGGCAACAUGGCAGGAUUUCUUGUAUUUUAAAUCCUUACAUACUUUUUGAAGCAGAAGCUGAUAUAUUGUCCUGGUCUGUAGGCCAAGGCGCUCUGCCACAGGUCAAAGUCAUUUGUGUGAUUGCAUGACAUGUGGAUGUCACUACACAGUGAACUGGAAGCCAGUCGCCUUUUGCUAAUCACAAUGUUGACUAUUGGUCCUGCAGAACCCAUCUCUGGAACAGUGAUAGAUCUGCCGCUUCCUACUUGGAUAUUUAUAGGCAAGAGCAGCUACUCGUAUGCCAAUCUUACUAGACUUUGUGCCUAAACCAUGGAUUAGCAGAGAGGCUGCGAGAGUUGUUUGAGGUAAACAUUCAGACAAAUGGAUCAGCGCUGUUCAACCGAACCAAAGACAGUUAAAAAUAUUGAAUACGUAGGCAGCACACCUUAAAAUGUAGGGCUCACUCUUGGCCCUACACAGAAAAUACAAUGAAUAGGGGAAAAGGUUGUGCCAGAAACAAAAUAAUUCUAAAAUAAGUAAGCAACAUGAAAAGGUACUACAACAGGAUAUAGUAAAUACAUAUAAAAAAUUAUGGAAAUAAAACCGUUGGUAGUAACAGAAAUGUCCAAUAUUGAGAAACCUUGCUAGAAGAAACGACUAUGGUGUUGUUCAGAGAUUUUUUUUUUUCUUCUUCCGCCAGGAGAUCAGGGUCAGAAGAAAAAAGUUUUGGUUUUUUUUAGUGCUUUGACGAGCUCUAGUAUGGAUGGCGUACAGUGGUACAAUCCCUAUUUAUAGGAUACACGAGAAUUGAUAGUUGUGUCAAUGAUAUGAAGACCAUAAAAUAAAAAGAACAAUAAUAGUGCUCACUGUAUUUAAAACUCCAGGAGUAUAAAUUUGUACUCACAUUCGAUUUAAGCAAACUGCUCAAUAGAUAGUGUUUGAGUGGUAUAAUCCCCACCUAGGAUUCUUUAGAGUAGUCCUCACUGGAACAAAAUAAGAAUGGAUGCCAGGCAGUAGAGCAGUAAAAAUAUAAAAUAAUAGUAAAAUGGCACACUCACGGUAUAAAUGUAGCCAAAAUAACUUUUAUUGAACAAUAUUAAAAUAUCCACAACGUCUUUCACCUUUGAGACUUUUUAUCAAGUGAAGAUAAAAAUCCUUGCUGUCACAAUCAUAAAUGGAUUGCUUACAUCCAAGAUAUCUUCGCAAGCACAGGAUAUCUCCAGGGCAGUCUGGACACUUUUUUAUACGAACAGUGAAUACUGACAGAUCUAAUUUUGGCCUGAUGGAUUUUAAACUGAAUUCUACACCAGCAUGAUCGUGAUCCAGUAGAUAUUUUCCUUACACUACAGCUAUUAAGUCCAUCAGUUGCCACUAUCAUUCAUGGAUGAUUUAAAAAGUCUCCCCUAUUCAGUCCAAAGUACAUUUAUGUAACAUUAAAGGGACCCUAUAGUCACCCAGACCACUUCAGCUCAAUGAAGUGGUCUGGGUGCCAGGUCCCACAGGUUUUAACGCUUCCGAUGUAAUCAUAGCAGUUUCAGAGAAACUGCUAUGUUUACAUUGCAGGGUUAAUCCAACCUCUGGUGGCGGUCUUCCUGACAGCCGCUAGAGGUGCUUCUGCGACGCUGGAUGCGAAAAUCGCGUUCAGCGUGCAGAACGUCCAUAGGAAAGCAUUGCGCUUUCCGCUCCACUCGUGAGCUGACGUCCGGGGGAGGAGAGGUCACCAGCGCCGAGGGAGCCUGGCGCUGGAUUAAAGUAAGUAAUUGAAGGGGUUUUAACCCCUUCAGCGCCAAUGGAGGGGGGACCUAAACGUUAUAUAGUGUCAAGAAAAUGAGUUUGAUUUCCUAACACUAUAGUGAUCUUUUAACUAAAGUGUUUCUCCUGCUCACCUUUAGGCUACAAUAAAAUGCACACAACUCUUUAAACUCUUAGGAGAAAAGGCAAUUAACUUAAUGACCAAAACAAAUUUGCAAUCAUGAUAUUGGCUUAUUCAGCUAUAAUUAUCUCGUAUGAAAGUCACGCACAGAGGAAAUAUAUCUAUGUUUAAGGACAUUUAGAGCUUUCUUUGAUACAUAAUAUAUGCCGUAUAAACUAGAGUAUAAGACAAGUUUUUCGACACAUUUUUUAUGCUGAAACCCCCCCACUCGUCUUAUACUUGAUUCAAUGUCUGUAUCAUGGCAACUUACAUUGUCUUAAUACAGACCAGGACCGCCGGGCUCAUUACAAACCCGGCGGUCCUGUUGGGGGCUGGCAACGAGCGGUUACAUUUACAGCAGCUUCCUUCACAUCCAUGCUGUUCAGCUCCACUGUAAGUCUCUCGAGAGCCGCGGCGUCUGAGCGUUGCCACGGGUUACCGUGGCAAUUUGGCAUGCAGACCGCGAGAUUUAUAGUGGAGCUGACCAAAAUGGAGGAGAAGGGAGCUGACAGGCGCUGCAGGAAAGGUAACAGCUCGCUGCCAGCCCCCCUCCUGCACAGUACACACCACUGGACCACCAGGCAAUAAUAUAGCCCCCCUCCCUGGCCAGCUAACAAGCAGGGAGGGGGGACAAAAAAAAUAAAAUAAAAAUGUAAAUAAUAUAAUAUAAAAAAUUUAAUCAUAUUAAAUAAAAUGUAGUAUUAUAAUAAUAAAAAAAUUAUAAAAAUGCCCACCCCCCACCAAGGUUACAAACUCUGCAUUCAUUCAUACACACAGACUCUGCAUUCAUACACACACACACACACUGCAUUCAUUCAUUCGUACACUCACACACACACACACUCUGCAUUCAUUCAUUCGUACACUCACACACACACACACUCACACACACACACACUCUGCAUUCAUUCAUUCAUUCGUACACUCACACACACACUCUGCAUUCAUACUCACACAUACACUCACACACACACUCUGCAUUCAUACUCACACACACACACACUCUGCAUUCAUACACUCACACACACACACUCUGCAUUCAUACACUCACACUCACACACUCUGCAUUCAUUCACACACACACUCUGCAUUCAUUCACACACACUCUGCAUUCAUUCACACACACACACUCUGCAUUCAUUCACACACACACUCUGCAUUCAUUCACACACACACACUCUGCAUUCAUUCACACACACACACACACUCUGCAUUCAUUCACACACACACAGACUCUGCAUUCAUUCCACACACACACACACACUCUCUGUAUUCAUUCACACACACACACACUCUGUAUUCAUUCACACACACACACACUCUGUCACACACACACACACACUCUGCAUUCAUACACUCACACACACACACUUUGUAUUCAUUCAUACACACACACACACUUUGUAUUCAUUCAUACACACACACAUUCUGCAUUCAUUAUAUACACACUGUAAAUAAUAUUCAAUUAAUAUAAUUUUUUUGGGAUCUAAUUUUAUUUAGAAAUGUACCAGUAGCUGCUGCAUUUCCCACCCUAGGCUUACACAAGAGUCAAUAAGUGUUUUUUUUUUUUAGUUUUUUUGGGUAAAAUUAGGGGCCUCGACUUAUAUUCGGGUCGACUUAUACUCGAGCAUAUACGGUAACUAAUCAUUUAGAAUGACUGACCUACAAAUGGUGUAAAUUUUGCUAGUUUUCUUUUAUAUAUAUAUAUAUAUAUUAUUUUUUUUUGCAACUAUUGCAGCUAAAUCAAAAUGCUUAAAAUAGAUUUACUUUUAAGAAAUUGCCUCAUAUUAUCUUAUUCUUAGGUUCCUCAUUGUAAGCAGUGUUAUUGUUACAUAAUAUUACAAUAGUGUUUAUAAUAACCUUACUAAAUGAGCGUGAUCCAUAUUCCCGCUCCCUGGCCUUCUAUGACAAAUUGACCAUGGUCUUGGAGAGUUGGGAUAUUCUCAGGACAAUCCUAGGUGAUCUGGACUUUUCCAGCCACAGACAUUAGAGACUAAUGAACAUACAUAUUGCUGAGUUUUCCGUGUCUCAUCAGCCACAUGGUCUUGAACAUUUUAUUUACCCUCCUGUAGCUGACGGAAUACUUUAUAAAAUACUUUAGAAUUUCACAGCUCCACAGUAUUGUGUGGUUACACCACUUGGCAGUUACAAUUCUUACUGGACCAUUCCUCUUCCAUCUUUUGAAAAUACUUAAAAUUAAAUGGUUCCAUGUUACUAGAAGCAUCACUCUCAUUUAGUUUUCUUUCUUUCGUUGUACCCUUUGUAUCUUAAAGAUUAAACCCCUUCCCCUCCCCCCCUUGCUUUUUAUAUUUAUUUUUUCUACCUUACACUGAAUCUGGGUGCUGCCAUUUUGUUCUCUGUUCAUGUAGACUCUAGUUUGUCUUUCUGUGCGAUUCUUUAAUUUGAUGGAUUGUGGAUUGAUGAAUUAGCCUUAAAAUGGAAUUUGCUUAAGCUCCACACAUUGCCAAAAUCACAUUUUGCAUAGGGAAAAAGUAGUCCCUAGUUUAUCUAAUAAAAAAGGUGAUUUUAAAAAGAGGAUGGAAGGAUAAGACAUUCAAAAACAAAGCCUAUAAUAGUGUCACUUUAACAUGCCAAUACUCUUUCUUCCCCAAAAUAGAUAAUUUAUCAUUUUGCUCUCAUUGGUGACUCGUGGACGCAUCCAUUCUUUCUUCUUCAGCAGUAAUGUCUGACCUGCUCUAGUAUUUCCAAUAUAUAGCUGCCCAGGUGAUUUCCUGUUACUUACAAUUAUUAUAAUGGGGGUGCUCCACUUGCUCUUGUUACUAUGAUCAAUACAUUACAUAGCCCAAAAUACCACUUCCAUUUGACACAUGUGAAUUGAUUUUAAAUGAAACUUAUUUAAAUUCUAUACAUAUACUUUUUUUUGCAUUAAAGGGGCACUGAAAGCACAAUAGUGAUGAUUGUAGGGAUCUCUGUGUAAUGUUAAAAAAAAAGCAGUUUUUAGCACCUAAAGCCCACCUGUGUCCUGUUGAGAGUUGUACACCGUAGCAGGAUUUCAUUUCUAAUCUAUGGUAGCACCAUCAUUUUGAGACUGGCAUUCUAUGGCUGCUAAGAGCCAUCACCCAGAGCCUGUUGGCACCAUAGUCAAGGCAGUAAGCUGUAGUGGGUAUGGUGCUUGGAGUGUCCAUUGAGGUACUUGGAUCUGAUUUUUAAUUUCUCUUUGCAGGAAUGGGUCAGGAAGCAUGUAAAUCAGCCUGGCCUAAACCCGCAGGAGGUUACCAAACCAUCACUGGGAGGAGGUAUGGAAGAAGACAUGCUUAUGUCAGCUUUCGACCCUCUUUGGAGAGUCCAAACAGAACAUCAAGUCAACAAAGCAGAGACUGCGAAGGAUUGGAACUAGACGAUGUGCAGAAAGAAAAUCCUUUAAGUGUGUGCUGUUAUUGUUUGUUAAAUGGAAUGCUGAAUUGUGAAUAUUAACAAUAUGGAGGAUAAGGGAAUAGCCUAAGGAUCUGGGGUAAUAAUCAAGUAGCUCUCUAUCUUUGAUGGAACUGUCCCCUGGUUUUUGGUCAAACCAUUUCUAGGUGGUACAAUGAAAGCCAGGGUCCCUAAAAGCACCAACAGCCCAAGCUCUGCUCAUUAGAAAAUCAUACUGUUCAAAUUAUCAAGUUGUACUCGCAUGUUGGAAACAUUAGUUUUAUCCACAUUUCAAUGCCAUGCACUAAUUGAGUAGGUCAACUGACAUGUGUAUCACUAAAAUUGGAUAGAAUUUACCUUGUUAAUGCGAAAGUUCAGCUUCUACAUAAGCAUUUCCAUUGAGCAAAGGUCAGGCAAUGGGUGCUUUGGUGACCCACAAUUUUAGGGUCACUGUGCCUGAUACGUUUGACCAAGAACGGAAUUAAAAUUCCAGUAGUCUCAUUGGACAUCAGCCAUGUUAUCGACAUAUAGUUGUUAUAGUGCCUAGACAGCUCAUUAAAAAUACUUAUGUAAUAACUCCAGUACUAAAGCAGUAAAACUGUUUCAUGCUGUAAAAAAUGUCUGUAGACCUCAAAUUGUGAUCAGGUGAUGACAAUGUUUUAUAUUUGGUUCUUGAUGAAUUAAGGGUAACGUAUCUGUGGUUGGUAGAAUAUCACUGGAGCUGCAGUGCCACGACACAUGGAAUUUUGUCUUGGACUGAGAACUGGAAUGUUGAAUUAACUUAAAAUUGUAACCCUAUGUGAACAUAUAUUUUCCUUUUAAUGAAAAAUGCACAAGACUUAAAGGGAAACUCCAGUGCCAGGAAAACAAUCUGUUUUCCUGGCACUGCAGGUACCCUCUCCCACCCACCUCCCAUCCCAGGUAGCUGAAGGGGUAAAAACCCCUUCAGGUCACUUACCUUAGACCCCGCCGAAGUCCCUCGGCGGUGGUUUUGGGUCGGCGUCGCACCUCGCAGUAAUUACGUCAGCCGGUGGGCGAGACUGAUCCCGCCCGCUGGCUGAGGAAACCUAAUGCGCAUGCGCGGCAAAAUUAUUUUCAAUGCUUUCCUAUGGGGAAUUGAGCGACGCUGGAGGACGUCCAGCGACGCUCUAGCAAAGAAAAUCUUUGCUAUGAAGCAGGAAGUGCCCUCUAGUGGCUGUCUAGUAGACAGCCACUAGAGGUGGAGUUAAUCCUGCAAGGUAAUUAUUGCAGUUUAUAAAAAAAGUAGUGGGAGUUGGCACCCAGACCACUCCAAUGGGCAGAAGUGGUCUAGGUGCAUGGAGUGUCCCUUUAAAGCAGCUUGUCCAAAAUAACCCACACUGUUUUUUUGUUUUAUUUAUUUUUUCCUUGCAUAUUUCUUAAGUUUUUCAUAAGGAAAAAUAGCAAUGACCUUUCCUUAUGUAUAAUCUGCAGGUUGACAAAGGAUGGAGCUUUAGUCAUGCUCUGUGCUUUGUCAUUGUUUGGUCAACCUGUACUCGCCUGUUUCCUCCGUGUUUACUGUCACACGAUCGUGAGCCAACACAAGUUUAUGUGAAGCCAAAAGGUGGAAGUUCCGGCUGCCGCCAUCUUGGCAGAUCCAUGAAAGAAGACCCAGUAGGAUCAGCUGUUUAAAAAGGGAGUAAGUAAGUGACAGAGCCACUCUGAGUGUUGAUUACUGAUGUACAAUAAUACCAGCAUGUUAAAUAGGCACCCAGACCACUAAAUCUCAUUGAAGUGGUCUAAGUGCAGUUUCCCUGUCCCAGUUAGUCCUACAAUGUUUACAAUGCAGGGUUAAGACUGCCUCUGGUGACUCUCUACCAGACGGCCAUUAGAGGCACUUCCAAGCUUUGCGUGAGCGCGUCCAUUUUCUUUAGUAUCUUCAUAAGAAAAUACUGGGUCAAUGCAUUUCCUAUGACUUUAUAGGAGACGGCCAGUGCUGAGGGACUUGAUAACUUCAUGAAACACACCUUGAUGUCAUCGUGCUUUGUGUGAGCACGUCCAGCGCCAUCAAUAUCCCCAUAGGAAAGUACUGGAUUAAUGCAUUUCCUAUGGUAAAGGCAUAAUGUGUGUUCCGCUCUCACUAUGCAUUAGGUUAACCCAGGCUUCCCCAAACUCCGGCCCUCCAGAUGUUGCUGAACUACAUGGGAGCUACAACUCCCAUGAUUCUAUGAAUGAAAUAGGCUGAGAAUCAUGGGAGUUGUAGUUCAGCAACAUCUGGAGGGCCAGAGUUUGGGGAAGCCUGGGUUAACCCCGCACAAUAACAUCAUAGGAGACAGCCAGUGCCGAAGGACUUGAAGCUGGAAUAAUGCAAGUAGUGGGUGGAGUUUUGGUGUGUGUGUGUGUGUAUAUAUAUAUAUAUAUAUAUUCUAUUCCUUUCAUCUCUUGGCAAUAAAUGGAUUUUUUUUUUUUUUUUUUUUAAAGCAUUUAAUCCUAAAGGGAUACUCUCAAUUAAUUCGUUAUGUGGGCUGGAGCCCCUGGGUACCUUCUUAAUUAAAAUUUUUAGAAUGUUAAUCUCAGUGUUUUCCCCCUGUGUGGUCUUCCUCCCAGCCUUCUUAUUGAUACGAAAUAUUUGUCUUGGGUGCCAGAGCAAGGAUGAGAGCAGCAGCUGGAGAUCUUGGCCGGUGAUGAGAUUCAGCUUCUACAGAAGCUGGAGGUUGAUCCUGUUGGCCUUUCUUUACCUGAGAGCACACAAAUAUGCACAUAAUUGACAUUAGCUUUCCUUUCAUCCAAUCAGUUUAUGGGCUCCCUUAAAAUCCUGCAUGCCUGUAUCCAGGGGGCCAGAAGGAUGUGAUAUAAAAACUGCUUUUCCUCUGGUUAUGUACACCACUUAGCAUUGUAAGAAGGCAGUGAGAAUGGUCUCUAGUUACUCCUGCAGAGAAAGCCCACUCGCUUGUAGCUUAACUGAUUUUACAUGAUUAAAAAUAAAAAAAAUGUUUUGUGCAUAUAAAUGUUUCUUUGUUUUUAUUUAUUCUGUUUUAGUUUCUUGUUUUAAUUUUGUAUAUAUCUGCUCCAACUGUAAAAAAACAAACCCAUCUGAUUAAAUGUCUUCUGAACUUUCCAGAAAUCCAUAUGUAAUGAACAAUCUGUUUAAUAAUCUAGAUAAAGGGACACUCCCCUGCCUUAAUAAAAAUCAAUGUUUAGUAGAUAUACCACAAAUGAAAACAUGCAUUCAUUUAAUUAUGCAUAUUUUCAUUUGGAAACAAUUUGCGAAACCUGCAGAUCUCGUCUGCUGCCUUUGCAAGCCCUCCCCUUCUAACCCUGCUCAGACUUCUGUGGCUGUCCAAUCACAGACUUCCCAGUGCAGCUCAAUGAGAAGUAUUUGUAAGGCACGUGCUCUGGGCAAUUGCUUCCUCUUGAGUUUAGCUCCACUGAGCUAAACAAACAGGAACGAUUGUCUUACAGCAAGGGUGUGUAACCAGGUUAGCUUACAAAAGUGUCAAUUUCUAUUGAAAUCUGCACUUUUUGUACUUCCUUGUACAGAUUUUAUUGCAAUAGGAUUGGGAUUUUGUGUGUGUGUGUAUAAACAGAAACUGAGUUGUUUUGUGGUUUUUUUUGUUUUUUCCUGCCUGCUGUAAUUUUAUUUGGUUUAUCUGAUGUACUUUUUCAAUACAAUUCCCACAAUUUCCAACCAAUUGCUAUCAGAAACAUUAACUAACAGAGUGGGCAUAGAUUAGGCAACUGUAGUUUAAAUCGGGUGCAUUUCAGGCUGAUUUUCCUCAGCGUCUUGACGUACCAUAGUGUAUAUAGUGUCUGCUUAACUAACUUCUUUACAGAAGAAGAGGCAAGUUUUUAGAUUAUAUAUAGAGGAGACAAAGACACAGCAAUUCACGCUCUCCUGCUUCUCUCCAUUCUUGUGGAUGGGCAGUUUCCUGGCAUUGCAGGACCCUGUAGUGCCCCUCUCCCUCCCACUUCCCAUCCCAAGUUGCUGAAGGAGUUAAAACCCCUUCAGUGACUUACGGGAGUCCAGCGCCGAUGUCCCACGGCGCUGGUCAGGCUCCGCCUACUCUCCUUCUCUGCCGACAGCAGGGGAGACCUAAUGCGCGGCAAUGGCCGCACACGCGCAUUAGACCUCCCCAUAAGAAAGCAUUAUUCAUUGCUUUCCUAUGGGGAUUUCGGCGACGCUGGAGGUCCUCCCAUAGCGUUAGGACGUCCAGCGUCUUAUAACACACUUUUCGUGUUCUAAGAACACUGAAGUCUCUCUAGUGGCUGUCUGAUAGACAGCCACUAGAGGAGGACUUAACCCUGCCAGGUAAAUAUAAAUAUUGCUGUUUAUGAAAACUGCAAUAAUUACACUUGCAGGAUUAAGGGUAGUGGGAGUUGGCACCCAGACCACUCCAAUGGGCAGAAGUGGUCUGGGUGCCUGGAGUAUCCCUUUAAGGACAGCAACCAGUAGCAGCAGCUUGCCUGGGAGUGCAACUCCUAAAAAUCUGAGGCAGACUGGUACGUGUGUUAGAUUAGAAGCUAUGUCCUACUGAUGAGUGACAAGUGGAGUAUCUGUCUCCAAACCUCGUUAGUAAGUUUUACUGUUAUGGCAGAGAAUCAGACCUAAAAGUCCAGAAAGUCAAAGUUUUAAAAUGUUGAAUAACUUUCACAUUUAGCUUGCACAAUGUAAAAAUGUUGGGCUCUCCCCUUCCCCUUCCCUUUUUUUUUUUUCUUUGAGAAUGUGUCAUUAUGUGCUGUGGCGAAACUGCUAUGUAAUUGGAUUAAAGAGAAUACUAGCUUACUAGCUCUAUUGAAAAGUGCUUGUUUUGUGAUAUGCCAAUAAUAAAUGAGUCCACAGGCUAUUUAGAUGGAAAUCACCAAUUUUAAACUUUGGGGAGAACUGUUCAAGCAGAGGAUUAACAGGACAGUCUUGGCACCAAAAUCACUACAUUGAGGUUUUGAUUUGACAAAUGUAAUCCCCUCACAUUGAUGAUUACACAGUAACAUGAGAGCACUGAAUAAAUGCUGAGUUUGUUUGUCUCCCCUCAAAUGGGGACUCUAUGUUAAAAGGAACACUAACACUAGCCAAAUUGCUGUUUAGUAGAUAUGUCCAAAAUAAAAAACAUUAAUUUCAUUAUUCUUUUUUAUCAUUGGCUGUAUAUCUAAAAACAGCUUGCAAAAUCUGCAGUUUGCUUGUCUGCUGCCUUAGCAAGCCCUCCCCUUCUAACCCCGCCCAGACUUUCUGUGAAUGUCCAAUCACAGACUUUCUAAUGCAGCUCAAUGAGAACUUUGCAAGGCCGGUGCUAUAGACAAUUGCUGCCUCUUUAUUUUAGCUCCACUGAGCUAAACAUCCAGGAAGGAACAGGACCUCUUGUCUAAUUGAGAGAUAGUAGGUGUAACUAGCUUAAUUUAUAAAAGUGUAAAUUUCUAUUGAAAUCUGCACUUUUUGUAAGAUGACAAAAAAAGGACAUUCUUCACACACAAAGCUUUCCAGCGAGUUAAAGUACUUUAGGGGUCUAGAAUGUCCUUUUAAAUGUUUGACAUGUGUAUAUAACCCCCCAGAUGUUGCUGGACUUCAGCUACCGUGAUGUCCUGGCUAUUUAUUGUAUUCAAAUAAGAGAUUGCUCGUUUGUUGUGCUAGUGUUCCUCUUAAGACACACUAAACAAAUCUUGAUUAUUUAAAAUAAAAUGUUCAUAUUCUGUGUUACAGAUGUUUAAAAAGUAAAGCUUUGCCUCUUCAGCUUUCUUAUUAUAUCCCUAAAAAGUUAUCUAUUCAUUGUGAGAAUUUAGAUUUUUAUUGCUUAUUGUGUAAUUGGAGUUAGAUGUCUUGUCAUUUUUGAUUACUAGUAUAUAAAUUUCACACAUUACAUUUUUUUUUCUUUCUCAGUUUUAGAGAAAAAUUGUGAUUCUUCAAUAUUCAGCUUUGGAAGCUUAAGUUCUAAUUGUCCAGAAGAAACCAGAAGAACAGAUUCCAAAGAUGGUAUAUCUGUGCUUACUGAAGUAGAGCAGAAUGGUACUCCUCACUUUGCAGCGUCAGAACAGGCAAAGGACUGUCAUAGUUUAAGCAGUGGUGAUGACUGUAUGAACAGUUCUAAAAUUCACAUAAUGCAUGCUCCAGUGAAGCGCUCACAGCAGUCCCAUCAAAAUGGCAUUUCCUUUGUGAAUAUUGACUCUUUUGAGCCAGACAGCAGUGAAGGGGAGGAAAAUAUUUUCCUUUCAGAAGAAUUUUCAUUAACAAAAGAGAAAGGAAAGCCACCGAGAACCCUCAACAGCAUGCUGUCAGAACUGGAGAAAGAAUGCUUUAGUGAAAGUCGGCCUGACUCUUCUAGGUCAAGUCACAGUUAUGCAAAGGACAGUUUGUCGGUAGUCUGCCCUGUAUCGUUAAGCAAAUACAAAAAUAGAAGUCCAGACCAUGCCCAGUGGAAUGUAUCAAUGGGUGAAGCCACAGGAGAUACAAGCAUAGAUAUCUGUGAAAUACAACAGAAGAAAAGUAAAGCUGAUAUUGCAGCAAUAAAUACUGUAGCAGUCUACCAUGAACUAAAUCCCAAUAACACACAGUUGGACCUAGGGACUGAACCUGUUGUUAGGCCAAAAAUUAGAAAGCAAGUAUCUUCAAGUCCCUGCACUAAAAUGAACUUACUUAGGGUUGAAAAUGAAGGAAAAGAAAAUUCUAAACAAGGUAAUUGGGACUCCCAAGUCCGCAAAGACAGCAUUUCUGUGGACGAGAAAAGCCGGCGUGACAGAGUGUUUGACCCAAUAGAUUUUGAUGGAGCCAGUGAUCAAAUAAGGACCUGUAGCAAAGAUCUGGAACAUAGCCCUUUACAUGAUAAGUCUGCCGAGGACGAUGCUUUUUGGGAUGACUUUAAAUUUUAUGGAGUGACGUUAACGGGCUCUAAUAAGGAUGAAGACAGGUAA